CGGGAGGUGGCCAGCAAGGCUACGCGUCUCCCCAAGCGGGGAGAGUAGGGGCGCUGUAGCCCUGAACUAGACUCAGGCGGCUCACGGGACAGUCCGACUUCGUGCGCCGGCCUCCGCGAGGUCCCGGUCCUCGCGGCGACUGCGGCGACUGCGGCGGCGGCAGCGGCGGCGGCGCGUGGAGGGAACUGGGUCGGGCGGAAGAAGUCGAGCCCAAGGUAUUUCCGGUUCCGGUGUCAGUUCGAGGCGCCGCCGCCGCAGCCUCCGGAGCCGCGAUGCCUAAAGGAGGGAGAAAGGGAGGCCACAAAGGCCGGGCAAGGCAGUAUACGAGCCCAGAGGAGAUCGAUGCCCAGCUCCAGGCUGAAAAGCAGAAGGCCAGGGAAGAAGAGGAACAAGAAGAAGGUGGUGAUGGGGCUGCAGGUGACCCCAAAAAGGAGAAGAAAUCUCUAGACUCAGAUGAGAGUGAGGAUGAAGAUGAUGACUACCAGCAAAAGCGCAAAGGCGUAGAAGGGCUCAUCGACAUUGAGAACCCCAACCGGGUGGCACAGACAACCAAAAAGGUCACGCAGCUGGAUCUGGAUGGGCCAAAAGAGCUGUCAAGGAGAGAACGAGAAGAAAUAGAGAAGCAGAAAGCAAAAGAGCGCUACAUGAAAAUGCAUUUAGCUGGGAAGACAGAGCAGGCCAAGGCUGACCUUGCCCGGCUGGCUAUCAUCCGGAAACAGCGGGAAGAGGCGGCAAGGAAGAAAGAAGAGGAGAGGAAAGCAAAAGACGAUGCGACUUUGUCAGGAAAACGGAUGCAGUCGCUCUCACUGAAUAAGUAAGCACGGCCAUGGAGGAGAGGCCAGGGGCUGGGCCGUGCCGCCAGGACCCCUGCUGUGCCACCUGCCCUGCGCCCUGGUGCCACUGCAGCAGCCCCUCACGGCCAGGAGCCCCCCACGGCCUGGGGCCUCCUCUUCAUCUUGGCACAGAAAUCGUUUGGGGGGAUGUGGGGGGCUGGGGGGGAGGGGGCAGCUGCUAUCUUUGAGACAGAAAGAUGCAGGACAGCAUUUCAUAUGUAACCAUUUGAAUGUUUUUGCUGUUUUUAGAAUUCAGAACCCUGGUUGGGGGGCGGGGGGCGCCUGGGAGGUGGGGUAAGAAGAGCUUCCAUUUGUCCGGUAGAGUGCACGUUAGUCGGUGGUCGUGCCAGGGCAAGCUGCUGAUAAGUUUGUGACAACCAGCCCCAGUCUGUGUUGCCUGGGUGCUCACUCAGAGAGGCUGUUAUCUGGGAGCCUGUGCUCCUGGGUCCCUGAGGGUCAUGGCUCGUACCUGGCCAGUCCCCUCUGAGGCCUCUCCUCUGCCCUUCCCCGCCUCAUUCCCACCCAUCUGGCCAAGGGCUAGUGCCCAUUUUUAACCCUACCCAUCGAUCAUUUCAACGAAAACCUCUGUUUACUGUGCAGCACCCAGGCAAAACAUGCUCCACAAAUUCAACUUGUAUAUUUGGCAGAUUAAACUUGACAUUAUCGUAAUCCUUGUUUUGCAAUCUGUCUUUUGGCUCCUGUGCCCAAGCCAUUUUUACUCGUGGUGGCACUCAGGUAGGUGCACCAAUAAGGUUCAGGGCACAUAGCAAACCUUCUUCGGGCAGCAUGUGCAGUAUGCAGGAAUUGGUCCUGGUCCCUCAGCA